AGCGAUAAGGCUGCGUUUUUACGUGUCCUUCGUACAAGCUACUGCGCGAUGGCUUCAUGGGCACGUUUAAUCACACAUCAUCAGUUGUGGCUGGGACCUUCGCAAGAGAGGAAGAACUAUUAGAAAAUAACAGCCAUGAAAGUAAAUAUUUUGACCAUGCUCAUCGCUGCUUCCUGCACUGCGGAUUUAAACGAACAUGACCUUUAUAGUUGUUCUGAUGAACGACAACCUAGUAAGAAUUCGCUUCUGGACCGAGCUUUGGAAAGAUAUAUUUCUUCUGGACUAGUGAUGAACGUGUCUAUUCCCGACUUCAACGAAACUGUAGUCGUCGGCCGCAAGAAGUACGCUUUGCAGUUCUACAACGCAGCUAUACUUGGCUUGCAUUCCGUUCAAAGAAUAGGCUGCAACUACUUUGAAGCAAUGUGGAAACGAAAGGUGCAAGUCCGAAUGGCUGUCCAGUUGCAAGGACUGAAGGCUACAGUCUCUGUUCGCCACAAAGGCUGGGCUGGAUAUACGAAGGUUACUAUUUCAAUCUAUCUACCGGAGCUUCUUUUCAUCGCCGAAAUCAGUGAGAAUUACGAGGUGCUCCAGCUGACGCGGUUUGAAGUCGCCGGUAUUGAGAAGCUCAAACUCAAAUUUACCUUCCUGACGGGUGUUCUUCGAAUACUAAACAAAAUGAACAAACUGCAAGAAUGCAUUAACAGGAAGAUUAAUCAGAAACUGCUUACUGAACUUCCCAAGGCUAUUCAAGGAAUCCUAGAUGAACUUGGACAGCGGCAUACAGGAGAGAUAGCACAAUGCGCGGAUUGCACUACGUUUGAUGUCUAUAUAAACAAUGCGCUGACGAAGUUCGGCCUGGACCCUACGCCAUUGCCGAAAAUCACACAACAGCUCUUCGCAAGCCUUGUUCAGGUCGAGGUUAUUAAUGCAACCAUCCGAGGUCUGUCCAAGACGCGCCAAACUGGUGACAUCGUCCUUAGGAUCGACAAAUAUGGUGCACGCGCCCAUGUUGACGUGACCGUCAAGAAUCUGUCACUGGCAUUUCAUGUCAGUUUCAAGACGCUGCUGACUGAUUAUACGGCGAUCGUGAGCGUAACCAUCUCAGCCAGGACACUCCUCGUGGUUAUCGAGCGGGACAACAUUCUUAUACUGGAAAAACUGCUUAUGACGGUUGAAGAAAUCGAUGUCAAUUUAACACCAAUAGGAACACUAAGCUCUGUCAUCACAUUUUUUCUACCACCGAAAUUUCUGGCAGAAGUGGUCAAGAAUAAUAUCCAGCAACUUACUAACAGUACAAUACAAGGCGGUCUUGAUGCCAUACGCAGUUUCGCUCAGGGAGGCGCAAGUUUGGCGUGAGGAUGAACAAGUGCUCCAGCAAGAGAAAAUAAACACAAAAUAAACUUUUCCAACGA